AUCAAGGGGAGCAGUGCAUGCUGGGGCCUGUAGUUUCUUCCGGGUCCUGCUCCGUUCCAACUGGCACGUUGCAUGCCGGGAAACGCACCUCCCGGUUCUCUGGACCGCGGUCAGCUUGGCUCAGGCCGUGUGCAGACCUCUAUCGUUGUUUCUUUCGCCAUCAGCAGAAUCUUGGCCUAGGUGAAUCCCGUAGGCGGCGAAGGCCCAGAGCGGGGAGGCCGAGGCAAUGGAUGUGAAUCAGCCGAAGCAGGAGCAUCUGCUGGCCCUGAAAGGUCCUGUUUUCUUCUGAUCUGUGCAUCACAUGCAAGAAAAGAUUUUUGUAAAUAAGAUGUAUUACGCUUUAGAGUUGAGGAUCCUAAUCAAGAGACUGUUUCUUUUAUUAAGAAUAACUGGAUUCCUACAGUACCAGCAUGGAAAUAGUUUUGCACUAUCGACCAUUUCAGAAUGACCUCACAAAAUUGCAGAAACUUGUGGAAGAAACACUGAAGGAGUUUCCUAUUCGGCAACUACCAAGAUUUGUUCCCUGGUUUCCAAAUGAUUCACACAAACUUCCCCUCAAGCCGAAAAGACAACCACCUAUUAUUUCUGUGAUGAGGUUAACCAAGCCUACAUUAUUCACCAAUAUUCCAGUGACCUGUGAAGAGAGAGACUUGCCAGGAGAUCUGUUGAAUCAACUCAUGAAAGAUGACCCUUCCACCGUAAAAGGAGCAGAAACUUUAAUGCUAGGAGAAAUGUUGACUUUGCCUCAGAACUUUGGAAAUAUAUUUCUGGGAGAGACCUUUUCCAGUUACAUUAGUGUACAUAAUGACAGUAAUCAAGUUGUCAAGGACAUAUUGGUAAAGGCUGAUCUUCAAACAAGUUCUCAGCGAUUAAACCUUUCAGCUUCCAGUGCUGCAGUGGCAGAACUUAAAUCUGACUGUUGCAUUGAUGAUGUUAUUCACCAUGAAGUAAAGGAAAUAGGAACACACAUCUUAGUAUGUGCAGUAAGUUAUACUACACAGACAGGAGAGAAGAUGUACUUCAGAAAGUUCUUCAAAUUCCAGGUUCUCAAACCACUAGAUGUAAAAACAAAAUUCUAUAAUGCUGAGAGUGACCUCAGUUCUGUGACAGAUGAAGUAUUUCUGGAAGCUCAGAUUCAGAAUAUUACAACCUCUCCGAUGUUUAUGGAGAAGGUUUCAUUAGAGCCAUCUAUUAUGUACAACGUAGCAGAACUAAAUACUGUCAACAAAGCUGGGGAAAGUGUCUCUACAUUUGGUUCAAGGACAUAUUUACAACCUAUGGAUACUCGUCAGUAUUUAUACUGCCUAAAACCCAAGCAGGAAUUUGCAGAGAAAGCUGGAGUGAUUAAAGGUGUAACAGUAAUUGGAAAACUAGACAUCGUAUGGAAAACAAACUUAGGUGAACGGGGAAGGUUGCAGACCAGCCAGCUCCAAAGAAUGGCCCCAGGUUAUGGUGAUGUAAGACUUUCUUUGGAGACUAUACCAGAUACUGUAAAUCUGGAAGAGCCUUUUGACAUUACGUGUAAAAUAACAAAUUGCAGCAGUGAAAGAACUAUGGAUCUGGUUUUGGAAAUGUGCAAUACUAAUUCCAUUCACUGGUGUGGAGUUUCAGGAAGACAGCUUGGAAAGCUACACCCCAGUUCAUCCCUUCAUCUUGCACUUACACUAUUGUCUUCAGUACAGGGACUACAGAGUGUCUCUGGCUUAAGACUAAUGGACACGUUUUUGAAGAGAACAUACGAGUAUGAUGAUAUUGCACAAGUCUGUGUAAUUUCUUCAAAAGUAAAAGAACAUUGAAGAAAAAUCCUUUUAACAUUUCCCCUGGGGUUUCUUGGACCAACUUCCUAAAUUUUACAUCUGAAUGAUGCCAAAUCAUGUUUAAAACAUCUGCAAACGGUAUAAGAAUGUUUAUUUAUUUGUGUCUUCUGUGAGCAUUUUUGGAAUGUUUUAAAAUACGUUUUAAAGAGAUAACUAUACAUAUUUUAUCUAUUUGAAAAUAAAAUCUUUAAAGUCUGAAAA